AAUUGUGGAUGUGCAAAGGACAGUGAAACGUUUGGUAUAUUUCAUUUACGUAGCUGGGAUAAAAUCAUCCACGAUUAAGGAUCAGAUGUGUAGAUGAAGAAAUAAUUAUUGAAUAAAAAUGGAUUGAAGUGAUGGAUUCUAACAUUGUGAUCUCUCUUUUGGAUUCAAAUAAUCAACCUUUGCACAACCAGUAAUACAGUGUUUAUAAAUUACCAAUGAAUUCUUUUAUUACAAGAUGAUCUGAAUUUGAUGACGAUGGUGAAGGUGGGUUAUACUCUGAUGAUUUUGACCCUCUUGCUGAUGCUAUGGGCGUCUCUAGCUCGAAUGCACGAGUUGCCCGUGCAGUAUCCACCGUGUUUCUUCAAUCCUCUUUGUACCUGUUCGAAAGCCAUUCCCGAUCUUGGCAUAGUCACCUGUUAUAAUGUGCCGAUGCCACGGAUUCCUCAGCCUAUCAAUUCCUCCAAGGUGUUCAUGCUACAGUUGGAGAACAAUGGACUGAUGUUCUUGCAGCCGCAGUUUCUUAUGAACACAGGUCUGUACAGUCUACGGAUCAAGCAUAAUCCCCUGGCCGACAUCCCGGACGAAGCUUUCCUAGGGCUUGAGAGAUCGUUAUGGGAGCUCGAAUUACCCUACAAUCGGUUGGAAAGGGUUCCCAGCAGGUCGUUCAGGCAUUUACAGAAACUGCAACUUCUCGACCUGACAGGUAACAAGAUAUCGAAAAUAGUGCCAGAAAAUUGGCGGGGAUUGGAGAAUUCUUUGCAAAAGUUACGAUUGGGUCGAAACGCGAUCGACAAACUUCCGGCCGAUGCGUUCGCCGGUCUCACUUACCUAGAUAUGCUCGAUCUCCGAGAGAACAACUUGAAGGAGAUCGAUCCUUCGGUGUUUAGAGACGGCAUGGCACACCUGGUACACCUUUACCUGAAUGGAAAUCAACUGACUCACGUUCCGUACGCGCAAUUGUCCUCUUUGAAACGCAUGAAGGUGCUUGAUCUCAGCUACAACAGGAUAUCGAAGAUGUUGAACCAUCAGCAAGAACCCGAAAUCAGAGGAUUACAAAUGUCGUUGGAUAUACUGAGAUUGGAUUUUAAUCAGAUCGAGUCAUUGAUGCCUGGGGAUUUUCAACAUUUUUAUAAGAUUAACAGGACUUAUCUCGAUGGCAAUCCUUUGACUAUGAUCGAGGAGGGUACGUUCAGGGAUUCGAGGAUACGCGAGCUCUACUUCUGCGAUUGCCAUCUCAUGGAAGUGAGUUCCCCUGAUUUCGCUGGCCUGGAAUCGUCCCUUGAAUUGUUAGAUCUUUCGGGGAACAAUAUUACCACCCUUCCAAGUCCAGUAUUCCAAGAAUACGAUUUUCUGCGUACCUUAAUCUUCCGUGAGAACAAGAUCCAAACGUUUUCGCCGGCCGAAGUGUUCAAUGGUUUCCAAUACUCUCUGUACAAUCUGGACCUAAGUGGCAGAGAAAACAGCGUGGUGUCUCUUCAGGAUCUAAGACAGAUGCGUAACAUGAGAUUUCUUUCAAUUUCACGGAUGCCACAGUCGACCUUGUCCACGGAAGAUUUCAUGGAAUACGGGAUGGACAUCAAGGAGCUUCGUAUUGUUCAAAGCAACCUGAACACCAUCAAAGGCCACGCUUUCAUGCACGUUCGCGGGAUCAAGUAUCUGGAUUUCUCGGAGAAUUCGAUCUCGUCGAUAGAGAAUGAAGCUUUCUCCGAGGUCGGUCAUUCGCUUUUAACGUUGAGAAUAGCUCACGGUCUAUCAUCUUCCAUUUCUGAGAUACCACACGCACCGUUCAAGUUCCUACCGAAUCUACAACAUCUCGACUUCAGCAAUAACAAAAUUAAAUCUCUGCCGGAUACGUCGUUUCAUUUUCUGAAGAGGAUCAAACGGAUCGAGUUGCAGGACAACGAGAUCGAUGACAUUAGAAAGGGAACGUUUCAGGGUGAUAUACACUCGUACCUGGAGGACGUGAAUUUCUCGUUCAAUAAAAUCAAAACCAUUCAAACCCACACAUUCGUCGAUCUACCGAAAAUAACAAUGAUCAAUUUAGAAGAUAAUGCGAUAGAUAAAAUUGAGAGACGGGCAUUUAUGAACAUGAAAUUGCUGCAAUACGUUAAUCUACGUGGUAAUAAAAUUAAAGACAUCACCGACGAGGCUUUCCAGAAUCUGCCGGAUUUAGAGUUCCUCGAUCUCUCGUACAAUGACAUGAACGAAUUCGAUUUCGCCUCCUUCGAUCAAGUGGGUACGUUAUCUUCGUUCAAGGUAAACGCCAGCCACAAUGAGAUUCCGAAAUUGUGGAUCAACAGCACCACGUUCACGCCACCGACGACCAUAGGUGGCGCGAUACAAUCGAACAUCAAAGUCUUAGAUCUCAGCUACAACAACAUCAGCGACAUAAUGAGGUACUACUUUAAGCCAGUCGAGUACUCGUUAACACACCUCUACAUAUCCCACAAUCAGCUGAGCAACGUGACUCAAGGUGUAUUCGGAAACAUGCCGCAUCUUCAGUGGCUCGAUUUGAGUCACAACGAUUUGAUAGAAGUCGAUUUCGACUGCUUUCGAAACACGAAGAACCUUCAAGUUCUCUUCCUGUCGUGGAACAACAUCAUGGACAUUCCAGCAGAGGCACUGAGACCCCUGAAGAAACUCAGGAUCGUCGAUCUUUCUCAUAAUAAACUUAGAACACUAUCGGAUAAUAUGUUUGCAGACGCGAACAUCGAAAGCCUCGAUCUGUCUCAUAAUCAAUUUAUGAGACUGCCAAUGAAGACUAUGUCCAUCUCUGCAGCUGCCAGUUUAUCCAUCUUGGAUAUGUCCUGGAACUCGUUGUCGGGAAUUCAUACCACGGACGCGAUAUUCAGACUAAGAACUUUAACAUGGUUGGAUCUGUCUUACAACCGAUUAGUCAGGCUCGACGAUGGUGUGUUCUCUGAUUUGCAAUACCUAACUCAUCUUGAUUUAAGUCAUAACAAACAGUUAUUGCUGGAAACACGUGGAAGAACGUUUCAUGGCUUGGAAGAUUCGCUUCUUUAUCUCGACUUAAGCAACAUUUCCCUUUUGAGUGUGCCAGAAUUACCACUGCGACGAUUACAAACGUUGUAUUUGGCGAACAAUGAGUUGGCAUCGAUACCAGCUGAAAUGGCAUCGAACUUAACGUCCCUUCAUUAUCUAGAUCUAAGUGCCAACGAUCUGACGGUGGUGCCAUUGAUCACGCACACCCUGCCGGAACUGAAAACCUUCAAUAUAGCAGAUAAUCCUAUCACGGCGGUUAGUAACACUAGCUUCUUGGGAAUCGCGGACAGUCUCGAGGAAUUGGACAUAAGGCGAUUGUCUUUGUCAACGUUUGAGAAUGGAGCUUUUUGUAAAGCUACGAAACUUCGAAGACUGUAUAUAACCGCUUACACUGGAAUUAAGAAUUUCAAUUUUCCUAAUCUUCUGGAGUACAAUCAUGGCCUAAGGCAUUUACUCAUCGACAUACAAAAUGAGACGAAUCUGGGGAAAGAAAUGAGAGGAAAAUUUCCGAAUAAAUUGUUCAAUAUAACGUUGACUGGACAAGCCUUGAAGUAUCUCAAUCCAGAAAUACUGAAAGGAAUAAGGAAUCCCCACUUGCAUUUCGGGCUGUACAACACGAGCGUGAACAUAGUGUCGAAGCUAAUAUUUGACAAUGCAGAUUGGGUUAGAAACGUGACGAUCCAUAUCCAUAACAGCGAUUCUCGAACCCUUCAUAAUCCAUCGAACGGAUAUAAACCAGGUGUGCCAGGGAAACGAUUUCUGACCAAACUCACCGUGGCGGGUACCUACUUUAAUUGUGACUGCGACAUCGGAUGGAUGGAAAAUUGGCAAAGGAAGCACAGACAGUAUCAGGAGGACCGUUGUACUACUUAUAGCGAAUUCAAGAACUUUGAUCGGGACGAAGAGGACGAUCAGUUCGAUUGUUGGGACAAUGGUUGGGACGACGAUCUUCGUGAAUCGUUUUGUUUGAACAAGAACAACAUUUCAGUGUUGGAAGCAUUGAAAACCGACCUUGAAUGUGGAUGGGGAACCGCGAACCACGUCCGCACGUCUUAUCAUCUCGUUCUCCUCUUCGUUGUUCUAACAACGACGAUCUAUUAA